AUGGGGCAUGGACUCUGUCAUCGCACCAUCCACCGCCACCAGCAGCAUCUGAAGUGGUCCAAAGCCAAUGCCCCGGUGUUGACUAUCAACUCUGGCGAAACACUCACUUUCGACGCUCUCGAUGGCAGCAACGGACAAAUCACCAAGUCCUCCUCCGUUGACGCGCUUGAUACCUUCGACGUCAACCUAGCCGACCCGGCCUAUGGACCCGUGUACAUCAACGACGCGGCGCCGGGAGAUGUACUGAAAGUGGAAAUACUCAGCCUCGAGCUCGCGGACUGGGGUUGGACGGCGAUCAUGCCUGACUUUGGGUUUUUGGCAGACGAGUUUCCCGAUCCGGUUCUCAAGAUCUGGGAUAUUGAUCCCAGCCUGCCCUACGUGAAGUUUAAAGACGGAAUACAUAUCCGCAAACGACCCUUUCUAGGAAUCAUGGGCGUGGCGCCGGGGGAAGAGGGGGAGUUCUCGACGAUUCCGCCGCUGGAGACUGGUGGAAAUCUUGACUGUCGGUACUUGACUGUUGGAUCGACGCUAUAUCUCCCCGUGCGGACUCCGGGAGCCUUGUUUAGCUGUGGCGAUGGCCAUACGGCGCAGGGCGAUGGAGAGAUUUGCGGGACUGCUAUCGAGACGACACUGACGGCCACGCUGCGCUUUACCGUGUGCAAGAAUCAGCCCUGGGUCACGGCCCCACAGUAUCAAACCCCGCCGCUAAGAGAGCUUCUGAGCCAGGAGGACGUGGACGAGGACAAAGGGGAAUACGCAGCGAUGGGGAUCGAUUCGGAUCUUCGCGAAGCCUCGAGAAAGGCUGCGCGAAAUUUGAUUGAAUGGCUGGUCUCCACAAAAGACUUGACGCGCGACGAAGCAUAUAUGCUGGCCAGCGUGGCUGGUAAUCUGAAGAUGGUUGAAGUGGUCGAUAUGCCCAACUAUGCUGUUGCCAUGAGCAUUCCUUUGAAUCUCUUUGUUUGA